CCUGUGCUCCGGGGUCGAGCGCUCCGGGACUGCCCACAAACAUGCGCCCGCGUCAGGGAGUGCGGAAGCCUGGAAAGAGGAACACAAAGUCAAAGAAGCCAGAUAAAGCCUCGAAGGGAAAAGAGAUGGUAGAGGCAGAGAAAGCGCAGAAGAUGCAGAGAGAGCAGAGGGAGGAGUGGGAGCAGGAGGGACAGGAGGAGGUGGUGGAGGAAGAGGAAGAGGAGGAGGAGGACAAGGAGGAGCAGGGAGCUCAGGGGGAGCAAGAGGAGCAGGGAGCUCAGGGGGUGCAAGGGUGGGAUGAUAGGGAGGGCAAGCCGCAGGAAAGCCAAAACCUGUUCCCUGAGUCGUUGAACGAAGAAGACAUCUGGAAAGCCAUAGGCCCCAGUGAAGGCUUUGACGAAGACGUACCGGAAUUUCGUCCCCGCCUAAUUAGCGUGGUCAGCCCCAGCCUGAGCACUAUAUCCCUGCUCAGCAAGGUGUCCAGCCCCUCGUGGGGCGAAGAGGAGCAGCUGCCACACAGGGAGGGCUCUCCUUCUGCUUCCAGCAGCGGCUCGUCCCACAAAAGCUAUCCCAAAAUAUUUCAAACAUUUAAGAAAGACUUGUCUGAAGUGACUGUAGAUAGAGACAUGUACCCAAGUUUGUAUCAAAGAGUUCAGAUGUCAGUACAAACAGAAGAUGAAAGUUGGCUUCAACGAAUUUCUGCUAAAAAGCAGAUAAAAAGAAUACCAUCUAUUGAGAUAACGGAAGCACCGCCACCACAAACUCCAGCUUCUAUGUUAAGAGAAAAUUGGGUAAUUAAUCCUGAAGAGCCCAAGCUAAGCAUUUUAUGUGAGAUGGAGUUUAAUGAAGACUUUGUAAAUUUGUUUGAAACUUCUCUAAGGACGUUACCCAGCGUUGGGCCACCGGCCAUUCUGUCCUUUAGGAAAGAGUACUCAUAUAUGGAUGUGAGCUUUAAGGAUGAACAAGAGCUGGAACCCACGUGUGAAUUUUGUGGAAGUGAUCUACAGUCAUUGUUUUUUAAGAUGGACACUUCCUCUGACAACAUUCAAACCAAACCAAAAUCAUAUAGGUGCUGCUGUCUUCAGUUUCAAAAUCUUCUUGAUUAUAUCAACGAGGAAUUGCUAACCAUCAAAACCCCUGCGCUGGAGUUAAUCAGCAUCUCACCUCAUGCAGCGCAUGGCAGUGACAUCGACAGGCUCAAGGCAAAGGAGAAGGCUCUGCAGAAAAAACAAGAGCGUCAGAUGGCCAGACAUUUUGCGAUAAUAUCACAUGAUCAGAGCCCCACAACAACUGAUGAUGGUAAGACUUUUGUCACGGAUGCCCUGGAAAUUCAGAAAACAUACUCUCAGAAGUCCAUCACCCAGAUGGAAGCUGGUAACAUUUUGGAAUACACCUUCCCUUGCUCUGCCUUCCCAUCUUGGUUUAACUUUACCUGUGAACAGUCUGUGUGUACGGAUCUGAUUAACACGAGAUGUUCAGUGUCCUUUGGUUUUGAUGCUAGUGUGGAUGGCAUGAUUCUCUUAACCUAUCCGUCUGGAAACCUAGCCAUUAUCCGAGUGCCCAACAAGACAGAUGGUUUUAUUUGUAUAAUCCAAGAAGACACGCCCACCAACCCUACCAUCCUGGCACUGUUUGACUCCUCUGGCAGAAGCUCCUGCUAUCACCCCAAUGGAAAUGUCUGGGUAUACAUCAACAUCUUGGGAGGCCAGUACUCAGAUCAAGCCGGCAACAGGAUACGAACUUGGAACUGGUCAAGUACCAUGCCUUCCUUUGUCUCAUUUAAACCUGUCUUUCUGGCUUUGAACCAUUACAUUGGAAUUCGCAUCCUAGAACAAGACAAGGUCUCCAUUAAUUUUCUAGCUAUGGGCCAACAGGCAACAAUCAGCCUUGGAACCAAAGUAAUGCUCCACGAUCCAGAGGAGGUUCCAGCCCUGUGGUUCCUGAGUGGAGACGACCUUCUGCUGUUGGCCAACUUAAUAAAGAUCCGGCGCCUGUUCAAUAAGCUGGAAGGAUGCAUGAAUUUCCCCAUAAGUCAGGCUUGGGAAAAGUUAAAGCAACCUCCCUACCUUUCCUCACUCUCUCUAAAACUACUUGCCCUCUGCCAUAAUUCUGGCAUACAGCAAAAGACAAUGGAAACAAUUAUAGAUCUAAUAAAAGAAGAGGAGUAA